AUGGGGUUUCCAUCGCAGUUUAUUAGAAAGACAUACGAAAUGGUAGACGAUCCAUCGACAGAUUCAAUUGUGUCAUGGAGCCAAACCUUCAACAAUAGCUUUGUUGUUUGGAACCAUAGAGAUUUGGAGAAACAUGUUUUGCCAAAAUACUUUAGGCACAACAAUUUUUCGAGCUUCAUUAGACAACUGAACGUCUAUGGAUUUAGCAAGGUCGAUCCAGAACGUUGGGAGUUUGCACAUGAAGUAUUUCAAAAAGGUCAGAAACAUUUACUGAAGAACAUUAAACGGCGGAGACCAUCUUCGUAUACUAGUGCAGUUAUCCAUCAACAACAUUCUCAAGGGAUAAGUUCUUCAAAUGGAUCAACAGAAACAGAAGAGAAAGAAUCACUUAAAGAAAACAAGAAUAAAUUAAUUAAAGAACUAGUGAAACUGAGGCAAGAACAACAAAAUAUGCGGCAGUGUUUUCAGUUCAUCGAGCAACGUCUUGAUCUCAUGGAGCAAAUAUUACAGCAACAACUUCACAGUAUGGAUAUACGAAUUCGCUAUAUAGAACAUAAAUUCAGUGAAAUAUGGAAUUCAAGAGAAAUAUGUAAAACUUAA